AUGCCGGAUAGUAGAGACUCAAAGCCAAAGGCCAAGAAGCGAGGUUUUGUCGUGGUACAGAAGAUAGAAAAAGACCUGAUACGAUCUGCAAAAAUCAAAAAGUCAUACGCUAAGCUCAAAGAGCGCGAGAAUGCCAAAGAAAACGCCGCGUCCACUGGAAUCCACCCCGAUCGAAAGGCAAUGUUGGCAGAGGGCGAGGGCGAGAAACAACGGUUCGAAACCCUUCAACAGACCAAGCGCACACGGCCCAAACCAGAACCUUUCCAGAAAGAAUUCUCAGAGGCAAAUAUACGAAAAGAGACUCGCGAACGCAGACGAGAAGAGAUCGACAGAAGACUUCAAGAAAGAGAAGUAAAAAGAGCAGAGCAUGAGAAAUUCCGCAGAGCCGUUCAAAAAGCCAGACAGCCUGGCCGAAACGGGCAAAGAAGGCUUGGGCGGGAAUGUAAAUUGCUACCGCAGAUGGUAGAAAAUCUCAUGGGCAAACUCCAAAAUCAGGGGAAGUAA